AUGGAGAAUGUUUUUGGAAGAGCUAGGAAUGAUCAAGCAGAGACAAGAAAAUAUGGGGUUAUGAGCAUGAAAGCUGGCAAGUUGAAUCGCAAACCUGGUACGAAAAUCCUGCAAGCAGAUCAUCGUAAAGGUAUCCUAUACCUACAGCUAGAAACAGAUGAAUUACUUCAUUUUUAUUGGAAAGAAAGGUCUAGAAACUCUUCAGAUGUAGAAGAUGAUUUUAUUAUUUUUCCUGAUGAGGCCAAUUUCAUUAAGGUCGAUCAAUGUACAACGGGUCGUGUGUAUGCUCUGAAAUUUAAAUCAUCAUCUCAAAUACAUUUUUAUUGGAUGCAAGAUUAUAGCGAUGAAAAAGAUGAGGAAAUGGUUUCGCUGGUAAAUCAGUUGAUUGCUGAUCCUUUCAACGUUACUAGAAGUAUUAACGCUCGAAAUAAUGCAUCCAGCCGUAGUCGUAGUAUGGACGAUACUUCAUCUGCGAGUCAAUUGCUGCAGCUAUUUGGGGCUGCUAGUCAAGAUUCCCUACAGGAUUUCAACUGGGAGGUGUUAUCUCCUACCGCUGAAGCACCUGGUUUUUUGCCCCGAUUUUCUCCAGUGAGUGAAUCUGCAAAUCAAUUUCAACCUACCAAUGGCUCUGGUGCAGAACUAAGAAGAGCAGGUCAAGCCAAUUUUGGCAUGGAUGAUCCCUCGGGGCCUGCAUUUGACGUGAAUGAAGAUUACUCUCGUUCUCGAACCUUAGACAUGCUUGAAGAGUUAUCAAGAUCUAUAGAGAUUAGUAACACUCCUGUUGAACCCUUUCCAAUAGAUGAUGAAAUGCAUCGGGUUAUUACACACCCAAGAAUUACUCAUAAACUCUUCCCUCAUGCUCCCCCAGAACUUAUUCGGAAUUCUAGGAAAGAUGAAUUGACUCAAAACCCAGAUUUUUACAAACAUUUUUCUUCUUUACAACGUGCAAUUGUAAAACCAGAGUUUGAACCUUUGCGUUCGUAUUUGCAAAUCUCGUCCGAUGAACUUUCUGGUUCGAACGGAUUUCAGAGACUUUUAAAGUCGAUUUACGAUCGCAUGGUGGCCGAAGGUGUGAUUGUAAUUACCCGUAUAACUCACACAGAUGAAGAUGGAAAUAGUAUUGAUGAAAGUGAAGGGGGUGGUGACCGUAGCCAAGACAGGGACUUGGAAAUGGAAGAGAGAUCUUAA